GAGCAGACCGUCGGGCGCGCGGGAGGGGCGGUUCGCGGCCGGCGGGCCGGCGGCCGGCAAUAUUUCAAGGGACAGUGUGUUAGCACCAACCAGCCCCUGCACUAUGGAUCUCCUGGGAUGAUGGGCUGCACCCCUGGUCCUGGUGGCACGUGGAGAUGUACAGAGCCGGGGAUGCCGUGGAGCGCCCUCUGCCCGGGACUGCACCCCCGCGUGUGAGGAGUGUGGAGGUUGCCCGAGGGAGAGCAGGGUACGGAUUCACCCUCUCUGGUCAGGCGCCUUGCGUGCUCAGCUGUGUGCUGAGAGGCAGCCCUGCAGAGUUUGUGGGCCUCCGCCCUGGGGACCAGAUACUUGCUGUCAAUGAAAUCAAUGUGAAGAAAGCGUCCCAUGAAGAUGUGGUAAAACUGAUUGGGAAAUGUUCUGGUGUCCUGCACAUGGUGAUAGGCGAAGGCCUCCGCCACUUAGAGUCCUGGUCCAGCGAUGAAGAAAUCGGAUUUUAUGAUGGAAAAGGCUGGCUGAAGCCCAGACUUGAUUCAAAGGCAUUAGGUAUCAACAGAGCAGAGAGGGUGGUUGAAGAGAUGCAGUCUGGUGGGAUUUUCAGUAUGAUCUUUGAAAACCCUAGUCUUCAAGCAAGCAGCUCAGAGCCCUCAAAACUGAAGCAAAGGUCCCUCUCAGAGUCUGCGGCUGGGCGGUUGGAUCUUGGACAUGAAAGCAUGAACGAUGCGAAUCCCAGCCUGCUUUCUAAGGAGGAAGUGUCAAACGUGGUUAAUGAUGAUUCGGUUUUCGGUGUUGGGCUAGAGAAUCAUGAUGACUUUGGAUUAGAUGCAAGUAUUUUAAAUGUUGCCAUGGUCGUAGGCUACUUAGGUUCUAUUGAACUUCCUUCCACAAGCUGCAACCUGGAGUCAGACAGCUUACAGGCCAUCCGUGGCUGCCUGCGGCGCCUGUGGGCCGAGCAGAAAAUCCAUUCUCUCGUGACGAUGAAGAUCAUGCAUGACUGUGUGCGGCUGUGCACCGACAGGGCUGCUGUCCUGGCCGAGUACCCGGCUGAGAAGCUGGCAUUCAGCGCCGUGUGCCCGGAUGACAGGAGGUUUUUUGGGCUCGUGACCAUGCAGACGAGUGCUGAUGGGGGCCUGGCCCAAGAGGAGGAGGGCAUCCUGCGGACGUCCUGCCACGUGUUUAUGGUGGAUCCAGAUUUGUUCAAUCACAAGAUCCAUCAAGGCAUCGCUCGGCGGUUUGGGUUUGAGUGCACGGCCGACCCUGACACCAAUGGCUGCCUCGAGUUCCCGGCGUCCUCUCUCCCUGUCCUGCAGUUCAUCUCUGUGCUGUACAGAGACAUGGGCGAGCUGAUGGAGGGUGUGCGGGCCCGGGCCUUCGUGGACGGCGACGGUGAUGGCCCCCAGAACACAAGCACCAGCAGCACCAGUGACAGCGGCAUUGGGAAUUUCUCCCCGGAGGAGAGAAACAGCCGGGUGCUUGCCGUUGGUCUGGGCGCCAGUCCCAGCAGCCAUGGCCUUGGUGGCAGCACCUGGGAGGGCACAGGCGGGCGGGCUGCCCAGCCAUGGGGCGCCUCCUGGAACGGGACCUUCUGCCACGAUGCCGAGGGGGGCCCUCCGUUUGAGGUCACUCCUCAGGCCGACCGGUGCCGGGACUUCAGUAAGCAUCUGGGGCCCACUCCUCAUGUGGAGGUCCUGCCUGCCUCCUUGUGGAGCUCGGUCCCUCCUUCCAAGCGGGGAGCCGUGGGCCCUGCCAGUGGUUCUGGCCAGCGCUGGCUUCCUGUGCACGUCCUGCAGGAGCGGCAGUGUGGACCUGCCAGCGACCAGGAGUCUUACACAGACUCUACCGAUGGAUGGUCCAGCAUCAACUGUGGCACGCUGCCCCCUCCCAUGAGCAAGAUCCCUGCUGACCGCUACAGGGUGGAGGGCAGCUUGGUGCAGCCCCCGCUGAGCACCCAGAAAAGGGACUGGUCCAGGAAGGCUUUUGGGAUGCAAAACAUUUUCGGUCCCCAUCGAAAUGUUAGGAAGACUAAGGAAGAAAAAAAGGGCUCAAAAUUUGGACGGGGAAUUGGACUCACUCAAACUUCUCAACGUGCCUCUGCUCGGAGAUCAUUUGGAAGAUCCAAGAGAUUUAGUAUCACUCGCUCCCUUGAUGAUCUUGAGUCUGCAACUGUAUCUGAUGGUGAGCUGCCCGGCGCCGACCUGAAGGGCUGCGUGAGCAAGCACAGCCUGAGCAGCAAUGCCAGCCUCCCCAGCGUGCAGAGCUGCCCGCGCCUGCGGGAGAGGAGGGUCGCCAGCUGGGCCGUGUCCUUCGAGCGCCUCCUGCAGGACCCUCUCGGUGUGCGGUACUUCUCCGAUUUUCUAAGGAAGGAGUUCAGCGAAGAGAACAUUUUAUUCUGGCAGGCCUGCGAAUAUUUCAGUCAUGUUCCCGCCCACGACAAGAAGGAGCUUUCCUACAGGGCCCGUGAAAUUUUCAGUAAGUUCCUGUGCAGCAAAGCCACCACUCCAGUCAACAUUGACAGCCAGGCGCAGCUGGCAGAUGACAUUCUCAGCGCGCCUCACCCCGACAUGUUCAAGGAGCAGCAGCUCCAGAUUUUCAACCUGAUGAAGUUUGAUAGCUACACUCGCUUUCUGAAAUCCCAGCUGUACCAAGAAUGCAUCCUGACCGAGGUGGAGGGCCGCCCUCUGCCCGACUCCCAGCAGGUGCCCAGCAGCCCGGCUUCCAGGCGCAGCACCAGCCCAGAACACUCCAAUGUGUCUACACCCAAAAAGUUGAGUGGAAAGUCGAAAUCAGGAAGGUCCCUGAAUGAAGAGCUGGGGGAUGAGGACAGCGAGAGGAAGCGCAAGGGGACGUUUUUCUCUUGGUCCCGGACCAGGAGCACCGGGCGGUCCCAGAAGAAGAAGGACCACGGCGACCACGCAGAUGAGCCCCUGCAUGCCAACGGAGGCCUGGGCCGCAGAGAGUCACAGGGCUCCGUGUCCUCUGCUGGGAGCCUGGACCUGUCGGAGGCCCGCAGGACCUCGGGGCCUGAGAGGGACAAGGCCGCCACGCACUGCUGCAUCCAGCUCCCGGACGGCACGUCUUGUGUGGUGCUUGUCAGGGCGGGGCUGUCCAUCAAAGAGGUCCUCUCUGGGCUCUGCGAGCGACAUGGCAUCAAUGGGGCCGCUGUGGACCUCUUCUUGGUGGGCGGGGAUAAGCCUCUGGUGCUGCAUCAGGACAGUAGCAUCUUGGAGUCUAGGGACCUGCGCCUAGAAAAGCGUACUUUGUUUCGGCUGGACCUGGUUCCCAUCAACCGGUCCGUGGGACUGAAGGCCAAGCCCACCAAGCCCGUCACGGAAGUGCUGCGGCCCGUGGUGGCCAAGUAUGGCCUGCACCUCAGUGAGCUGGUGGCCAGGCUGAGUGGAGAAAAGGAGCCCCUGGACCUUGGUGCCCCCAUAUCAAGUCUGGAUGGACAGCGGGUCAUCUUGGAGGAGAAGGAGCCCCCCCGGGGAAAGGCAUCCACAGAUAAACAGAAAGGUGUACCAGCCAAACAGAACAUAGCUGCAAAUUCUGGUUCCAGAAGCCACUCGGCUACGGGAGAGGAGAGAACACUAGGCAAGUCUAAUUCUAUUAAAAUAAGAGGAGAAAAUGGAAAAAAUGCUAGGGAGCCCCGGCUUUCAAAGAGAGAAGAAUCUAUUGGAAAGAUUGGGAAAAAAAAAUAUCAGAAAAUUAAUUUGGACGAAGCAGAGGAGUUUUUCGAGCUCAUUUCCAAAGCCCAGAGCAGCAGAGCAGAUGACCAGCGUGGGCUGCUGAGGAAGGAGGACCUGGUGCUGCCCGAGUUUCUGCGCCUGCCCCCCGGCCCCACAGAGCUUGCCCUCUCCUCCCCGGCCCUGGCCAAGGGCUGCAGCAAGAGAGCCCUGCCAGGCAAUGGCAGGGAGAGGGCCCCCUGCCUACGGGAGCCACGGGGACCUGCCCAAGACUGCCACGAAAGCCCAGGGACAAGCCCUGGCUCGGCUGACAGCCCGCCGUCCUGUACCCCCCGGACCCCCACGGCCCACGGGCAGGGAGCGGAGGCCGCAGACGUCCAGACCAUGGAGGGCGAGCACGUGGCCGACCUGACGCUCACAGGGGAGGGGGACAUCAGCAGCCCCAACAGCACUUUACUGCCGCCACCCGCCACUCCGCAGGACUUGGCUGCACCUACAAAACCAGGAGGCAGGGCCCAAAGCAGCAGAGGCCCCCCAGUCAACGCGAUCAUUGAUGUGGACCACGUCACAGGCUCUGCACCCAGAUCAGGCAGCAGCAUCCCGGGAGUGUGGACGGGUGCCCGGAGGUCACGGGCCAGCGGACCCCCAACAGCAGAUACCCCUGGCCUGAGCCCUGCCCCAGGUGGGCCCGCCCAGCCCAACGCCAGCUCACACCAUGCGACCUUCGUCUGAGGCUGCCGGGAACUGUGUGCCCCAGCCAGUCCUCCGAGGCUACAUCCAAGCUGUCCUGUCUGCAUACGCCUGUGGAGGCCUGUGACCUCGGGACCUUGGGACCGCCUGAGCCCGACCCCAGGGCCUGGGAGGGGCUGCUGCGGCGGGCAGUUCCCAGGAGCCGAACCAGGAGAGGUUCGCGGGCCCUUGCUCAGACGCUUCCCGCCGCUGGCCCUGAGGGCUCCUCGGUCCGCCCCUGCUGGGCUUCGGAGCCCAUUCUUCCCUCAAUAAAUUGCCUUGUGGACCCCCA